AUGUCAAAUUAUUAUGAAAGUAAUAUCAGAGGUGGAAAAACUAUACCAAUACUUACCAAAUUUGAUAAUACCUCAGCUUCGAAGAACCCAACGGCAACAAAUAUAUUAACUUACAAACCGACCAGAAGUACAAUUAAUCCUGCAAUCACUACCAACAUUGAAAACGCAAAAUGUCGAAGUAUUAAACUGUUCUGA